CCUCAUUUCGAGCAAACAACGUUCAACGCGACUUAAAUGUUAAUUUUCAGAGCCAUAGUUCGAUCAUCUCUCCCUCGUGGGUUUUCCUGUCGCUAGGAUCUAUGACCGUUUUAGUCAAGAGAUUUAGUAGCAACGCUUUGUCGGAGCACUGGAACGAGUUGGUCUCCCGCGGUCGGAUCGAAUCCAUCUUUAAUCGUUUGAGCAAAUGGGUUGUGUCUGCUCUAUUUGCUUCCAUCAUUCUUCUGCGGCAUGAUGGUACUGCCUUGUGGGCAAUCAUUGGUUCCGUUUCGAAUUCAGCUCUCUCUGUAUUCCUCAAACGUUUACUUAACCAAGCGAGGCCUGCUACAACCUCGCGAACUGAUCCUGGGAUGCCAUCUUCUCAUGCCCAGUCCAUAUCCUUCAUAUCUGUGUUUGCGGUUUUGUCUGUUAUGGAAUGGCUUGGAACCAACGAAGUCUCUCUGUUCCUAAUCAUGCUCAUCCUCGCAUUGGGUUCAUAUUUUAUACGGUUAAGGUUUCUCAGAAACUCCACACAGGCAAUCAAGUGGUAGUUGGUGGGUUGGUGGGUUCUGUUUUCUGCAUCUUUUGGUACAAAACGUGGAACUUGCUUCUUCUUGAAGCCUUCAAGUCAUCUCUAUUACUCCAAAUAUAUGUGUUUCUGGUUGCUUCUGCAUAUACGCUAGCUUUUGCAGCCUACGUU